ACGUUGUAACUGAGUAACGAUACAACCUGGACGUCUAAUAAGCACGAAUGUCAAACUAAAUAACAUGCACAAUUCAUUUCAUUUUAAUAAAUUGACAACACAUGUAUGCUGGAAAAUGUGAAGCAACAUCAAAAUCUUAAACAUGGUUCUAAGCAAAGAUUCCUCCCGGAUGUUUCAACCCAUGGAACAGAAUCUCGAUGAGUUAUACAACUGUAUGAAAGUGCAAUAUAAAUAUGUAGAAGCAUGCCGGAUGCAACUCUGUCGCCAUAUAGGAUCAAGCGUGAACUCCUUGGUAACGGAUAACGCCAUUGCGAAUCUCGAUAUGAAGAUUUGUAAGAAAUGUACGGGAAUAGAUUGCCUCAAACAGAUGUCAACGAUGGGAACAUUAGCAUCCUACAGUAAACAGGAUCGUCCGUAUCACCAAAUGACUUCCGAAAAUGUUCCGCAACAGCAUGACGGUUACCUCGUUGCACACGACCAUCCUUCCGCUAAGCAAGACAACCGUGUUGGGCGCCCUGAAGAUGAAACAGAAGAAAGGACUUCAACGAAAGCGAAAGGCGUAUAUCAAAAUCAGCCAUGGGUCAAGUCAGUUUUGCCUUUGCAACUUGCGAUACGAAAACAGACAUGUAUGGAAAAUGUAAGAAAAAUCCCGCAAACGCCGACGCCUAUUUUAUGUAAAGAUUCAACGUCAUUAUAUCCACAUACACGCGAGUAUGCUCGCAGAAAUGAGGGACAAGCACCUCGGUACAAGGAUGGUGUUGAUACAUCUGUUAUUGAGCCUCCAGCUAUGCUGACUGGAGACAUUUCAACAGUCCCGACACGUCACAUAAAGAGCGCUGAGCGCCCUUCCAGGCUGACAACAGUAACAUCAGCUAUGCCGAUUAAUUGCAUCAAGACCACUGAGCCCCCGGCCAGGCUGACUUCAGUAUCUGCAGAAUUGCCGAUUCAUAGCAUCAAAACCACUAAGCCCCCGGCCAGGCUGACUACAGUAACUGCAGCAAUACCGAUUAAUUGCACUCAGACCACUGAGCCCAAGGUCAGGCUGACUACAGUAACUGCAGCAAUACCGAUUCAUUGCGCCCAGACCACUGAGCCCCCGGCCAGGCUGACUACAGUAACUGCAGCAAUACCGAUUCAUUGCACCCAGACCACUGAGCCCAAGGCCAGGCUGACUACAGUAACUGCAGCAAUCCCGAUACAUUGCAUCCAUACUACUGAGCCCACGGUCAGGCUGACUACAGUUAAUGCAGAAAUACAGAUUCAUCGCACUCAGACCUCUAAGCCACCAGCCAGGCUUACUACAGUAACUGCAGAAGUGCCUAUUCAUAACAUCCAGACCACUGAGCCCCCGGAAAUGCUGAUUACAGUAACUGCUGCAAGGCCGAUACAUAGCAUCCAGACCUCUUGGUCCCCGACCAGGGUGAAUGAAAACAUUGUAGCUGUCCAUGGAAACCACAUCCAGACAUCUGAGUACAUAUCGACGCUGACUGGAGACACUGAAGCAGUCUCUGUACACAAAAUACAGACCACUGAGUGCAUGGCUAGGCUCAAUGAUGAUACUACAGCAGUUCCUGGCCUAUACACACAGACCACUGAAAACACAUGGAAGCUGACAACAUCAAUACCGAUACCCAACAUCCAGACCUUUGAGCCCCUGGCGAGGCAGACUGAGAACAUUUCCGCACUCCCGGUAAACAACACCCAGACCUCUGAUAACACAGCUAGGCUGAAUGUAAAGCCUGAAGCAGUUCAGAUAGAUCUCAUUAAGAACAAUGAGCCCCACGCCAGUGUGACUGGAGACACUGAAACAGUCCCUGCACUCGGCAUUCAGACCACGGUGUACAAACGUAGGCUGACUGAAGACACGUUGACAGUCCAUGAACACCACACACAGAACAAAGAGUCCCUGGUUAUGUCAGUCCCUGUACAAAACAUCGUGACAUCUGAGUACAUAUCGAUGCUGAUUGGAGGAGACACAAGAACAGUUGAUGGACAUCGCAUCCAGAUUGCAACGGGCUUGUGUUUGCUAAUUACCGUCGCCCUUGCUCUUGUCUAUUACAAAGCUGGACAGCGUCUUUCUGAGCAUGUCUAUGACAUAUUCAUUGCCGUCUUGGCUUACGUAACGUGUAGCUUACGUUUGAUGCACCUAUAUCCGCCAUGUGUGUAAUAAAUAUUCACAACACA